AAAACGAUGAGCUCGAAGGGCGCGACGACGACAGCGCGCUGGGGUCCUUUCAAGUCCUUGCUCGUUCUCGCUCCUCUGCUCAUCGGCGCCCCCACAUUUACGGUAUAUCAACAUUAUGCUCUUCCGAAUCCUAUCACAGAACUUAUCAAUCCACAAACCAACCUCCCUCAACUCUCUGAAGCUCAAAUCCUUUCUUAUUCAAAACUGCUCUCCGAAGAUAUCGGUUAUCGAACUGUGGGGACGAUAGAGCAUGCUCUGGCAGACGAAUGGCUGACGAAGAAGGCGCAUGAGAUCAAAAACGAGUGUGAGGAGAUCGUGAAUCGGAGUAAAGAGAACGGGAAGGAAAGAAAGUUGGAGUGCGAGGUAUGGAGGCAGCAAGGUAGCGGAAGUCAUCGGUUCGACAUGAUGGGUAAACGACUAUACAAAACCUACGUAGACCUCACGAACAUAAUCAUCCGCGUCUCGAACGGUACUCCCGAAGGCAAAGAACAUGCGGUUCUUGUCAAUGCACAUCUUGACAGUACGCUCCCGAGCCCUGGUGCUGCAGACGAUGCGUUGUCUGUUGCGGUUAUGCUGGAGUGUAUACGGGUGUUGACAAACACACCGACUUGGGAGCCAGUUCACUCAAUCAUAUUCUUGUUCAAUCAUGCUGAAGAAUCGCUCCAGGAUGCUUCUCAGCUCUUCUCUACUCAACACCCGAUUCGUGACAGCGUUCGGGCUUUUAUCAAUCUCGAAGCGGCUGGCACUGUCGGUCCUGAACUUCUGUUCCAGGCUACUUCAGAGCAGAUGAUCGAGGCUUACUCGAGGGUUCCUAGACCAUUCGGUACUGUUGUUGCCAACGAGGUCUUCAGCUCCGGUGUCUUACUAUCCGAUACUGACUUUCGACAGUUCGAGCUGUACCUGAACGUUACUGGUCUUGACAUGGCCGUUGUCGGCAACAGCUACAUGUAUCACACACGCAAGGACCUGGUAGAGAACAUCCAACCGGGUGUGGCUCAGCACAUGGCCGAUAACGUACAUGCCCUCCUUCUCUAUCUCUCUUCAUCAGAGUCUCCCCUGCCGGCCCUCGACUUCGGCUACACCCGCCCCUCCACAGUAUUUUUCUCCCACCUCGGCUACUUCUUCAAAUACUCUUAUUCCACCGCUCGAAUCCUGUACUCCAUCUUCUUAGUCGCAUCCCUCGUUCUCGUUGCAUUCACAUGGCAAAACCCAGCUCCAGCGCUGAAGAGUAGUGGAAGAAGGGGCGGUUGGAUCAAGGAGAAUCUGAAGGCUACCGGUGCAGCUGGGGUCACGUUUAUUGGGGCUUUGAUUGGUGUGAAUUUGGUGGCGGCGGUGAUGCAGUACGCGCUUGGCAGGAAUAUGAGUUGGUACGCGGUUGAGUUGUCAGCGCUGGCUUUGUAUGGACCUGCUGCUCUUGCUGGUGCUUUCUCCACCCAGCUUCUUGUCGCCCGUCUGCCCGAACGUACGAUGUUCAGCGGCUUGUUACUCUCUCUGGCCUUUUCGACGGUCUUCCUCCAGUUUAUCGGCAUCGGAUCCGCAGCGAUAUUCUUCCUCUCUGCAGCUCCUAUCUUCGUCUCUAUCCUCCUUGAUAGUUUGUCCACCGGCGGCAAGGGUCCCAUGUCACUCUGGGCUUAUGCAUUGGGACAAAUCUCGCCCUUAUUGACCGGAACUCAAGUUAUCUGCACUGUUUUCGACGUUUUCGUCCCUCUCACAGGUCGCACAGGUCGGGAGGCCCCCGCCGAACACAUCAUCGCCUCCCUUGUGAGCAUCACUGGCUCCUACACCCUUCCGCUCGUCCUUCCGUUCUCGCAUCGCUAUGGGCCCAGCGUCCUGAAGAGAUUCGUGGUGAUUCUGAGUGCGAUCACGCUGGUCAUGGUGGCGGUCUUUGCGGCUAGGGAGCCAUUCGAUGAAUUGCAUCAGAAGAGGCUGUUCGUGCUUAGUUCUGAGAAUGUCACAACUGGCGAACGACACCUGCAUAUCGGAGCGGCGGAUGGUGCUCCUGGCCUUGAAGCUCUGGUCGAAGGUAUCACAGCCGAAUUUGGAGCUGUAGGUUCGAGUGCAGUGCAGGAGAAAAUGGACGACUGGAAUGGUGAUUGGGAUAUUCUGUAUCCUUUCUCUGCUUUCAUGUCUCCUUACAAGGUCGAAUUACCACCCGUUAAGGACUAUGCUUCGCCAUAUGUGGUCGGAGGGAGCAUGCCCUUUGUGAUCGAGGCGAUCAACGACGUUAUAGAUGAAGGGAAGCAGACGAGGAGCUUGACGCUGAGGGUCAGACACCCGGGCGUUAUCUGGACCGUUAUUGCGUUCGACGCCCACGUCCUCUGGUGGACACUCGACGACUCUCCGCCGGAUGAGUACGCCCGCCACCAUAUCAAGGAAGGAUCGUUCUACGGCGUCGAUACCUGGACCAUUGACCUUGUCAUUCGCAUUCCCUCACCUGGCAUUGUUGCAUCCACCCUCGACUCGGACAAGGUCCCAUCUACGAAGGAACGCGCGCAGCUAAAGGUGAACUUUAUGGGCGUACAAGAGACAGCCAUGUGGCCCGGCAAGAGUCAUCGAACCCCUGAUACAUCCAGCAGCGGGGGCCAUAGUCAGACGAGCAGUGACCUGUACGUAGCUGAGCUGCAAAAGAAGCGGGAAGAUGCGGCGUUGCCGUAUGGACCUGCGAUGCAGCUCUUCGAGAAGUUGGAUGGGUGGUUGGAGGAGAGGACGGGCGGAAAGGUGGAUGGGAUGUUGGUGGGAAGUGUUGGAGGCAUUGUCGUUAUCUAAACUCACGAGAAUAUGAAUGUUUUUGUUGAAGGGGGAUGUUUGUGGACCCAAUAAUGUCUGG